GCUGCCUCAACCUGAAGGGCGCCGGGCUGGGGGAGCGAGUGAAGGGAGGGAAAGGCUCGCUAUAAAUACAAGUCCAGGCCGCUGCCCCACUCAUUCGCUCGCCCCCUCAGCCAGAAGCAACACCUCCGAAGAUGUGGUCCAGCGCGCGUGUGGUGACGGCCGUGGUGGUGGUGGCUCUGCUGGCCGUGGCUGCUGCCGAACCAAGCUACCCACAGCCCACUCCCUGCUACCCUGAAACCCGCUACGUCACCAAGUACCAGACGCAGCUCCAAGAGGUGCCGGUGUACCAGACGGUCUACAAGCAGCAGGUCGUGCCCACCACCCUCUACAAGAUCCAGUACAAGACCCAGUACCAGACCGAGUACCAGACCCAGUACGUGCCCAAGUACGUCACUGAGACCGCCUACAAGACCAAGGUGCUGUACCAGACCCACUACCAGACCCAGUACGAAACCCAGUACGUUCCCCAGUACGUUACCAAGACCCAGUAUGUCCAAAAGUACGUCACGCAGGUCGCCUACCAGACCCAGUACACGACGGAGGUUCAGUACCAGACGCUGUACAAGACGCAGUACCAGCCACAGUACGUCACCGAGACCGAGUACAAGUACCAGACCGAGUACGUGCCCGAGUACGUGCCUAAGUACGUGACCGUCGUCAAGACCAGGCAGAACUACGUCACCUACUGCCCCAAGCCUACAUACGGCGGCUACGGCGGCGGCGGCUACGGCGGCGGCGGCUACGGCGGAGGCUACGGCUACUAAAUGCUCCCCCUAUACCCCCCGCCCACCACCACCACCACAACCCCCAGCUGGUCACAUGGAAGCAUUUUAUUCAUCACAUUCUUCUUGCAAUGAAUCAGCUUUCCUUUAUAUAUAUAUUUACAUUUCUCUCUUGAUACCGACUGUCUGACAUUAUUAUUAUUAUUAUUAUUAUUAUUAUUAUUAUCAUAAUUAUUAUCAUUAUCAUUAAUACUUUUAUCUAUAUUUGCUAUUAACCUGAUUCUCAUUACUGUGUAUGAGUCACCCUUAAAACACGGACACACGUGAUAAUAAUAAUAACAAUAACAAUGAUGCCACGACGUCAGUUCUUUGAUACACUUUUUUAUACUAUGUUGCCCUAUGUGUGUAUGUAUGUACAAACAGAGAACGAAAUAAAUUACUUACGAGGA